CAAAUUCCAUAUUUACCUGUUGUUUUCUAUUGGAUUCAUGCCCUCCUCUGGCCUCUCCCUCCAAGUUGGGAGUAAAAAACGGUAGCUCGACGAGUCUUCUAACCGUUUGUGGAAAUGCCCAAACAGCUGAUGUUUUUCUACAUUUGGUUUUGCCGAUGUUGCGAUUUCCAAUUCGCCCAGAUUACGGUGCCUGCCAAGUCAUCAACAGCCACUGCCGCCCCACCUUAUCCUCUUAUCCUUCAAGUGGGCUUCCAUGCCUUGGAUUGCUACAAACCAAAGGAAGGAAACUGCUUUCUUUGCUUUUAGCCUUCCUUGUUCUGCGCUCUCUUCGCAAAUCUAUCUAUUAUCCAUUUCUCUCCAAAACUAAUGGAAGGCACCACCCCAUCUAAUGGACGUCUUGAUUUUGGGAAGAUGGGCUAUGGAUGCGAGCAUUACAGGAGAAGAUGCAAGAUUCGAGCUCCGUGCUGCAACGAGGUCUUCCCUUGUCGCCAUUGUCACAACGAGGCCGCGAGCAUGUUGAAGAACCCCUAUGAUCGGCACGAGCUCAAUCGCUACGAUGUCAAGCAAGUAAUAUGUUCAGUUUGUGACACAGAGCAGCCGGUUGCUAAAGUUUGUACGAACUGUGGGGUCAAUAUGGGGGAAUACUUCUGUGGAGUCUGCAAAUUCUACGAUGACGAUACAGAGAAAGGGCAGUUCCAUUGUGAUGAUUGUGGGAUCUGUAGAGUUGGUGGCCUUGAGAAUUAUUUUCACUGCAAUAAGUGUGGUUCUUGCUAUUCAAUUAGCCUGUGCGGUAAUCAUUCAUGUGUGGAGAACUCCAUGCGCCACCACUGCCCCAUAUGUUAUGAGUACUUGUUUGACUCGCUAAAAGACACUAGUGUAAUGAAAUGCGGGCACACAAUGCAUUUUGAAUGUUAUUGCGAGAUGAUAAAGCGUGAUAAAUACUGUUGUCCCAUAUGCUCCAAAUCAGUGAUUGACAUGUCCAAAACCUGGAAGAGAAUAGAUGAGGAGAUAGAAGCAACCAUCAUGCCUGAGGAUUACCGCUACAAGAAGGUUUGGAUCCUCUGUAAUGACUGCAAUGACACAACAGAAGUCUACUUCCACAUAAUUGGGCAGAAGUGCAGCCACUGCAAAUCAUACAAUACCCGCACAAUAGCACCUCCUGUUCUUCCCCAAUGACGGAGUUAUGGUUAUGGGAAAAUAUCCAGCCAUGUAAGAGCAUUGAGAGCUUGCAUCCCAAGCAUAAAACAAAUGGUGUACACAUAAUUGCAGCUCUAGCAUUUUCAAUGAUUAUUGCUUAUUAAACAGAAUUCUGUACCAUUACAACAUGAUUCAACUGUAGCAUUUGCAUUGAUGCCUCAGAAACGUUUUUCUCA